AUGGCGAAUAAUGUGCUCGCCGCAAUGAUCAUGAUUGCCAUUGCCUCUACCAUCUUUGCCAUUUUGGGGAUCUACAUCGCAAUUUGUCGAACAACUUUAGGGAAGGAUGACGGUCACUGUCUUCUGUGGGGAAUUGGGCAAUGCAUCUACGGUCUCAUUGCCAUCGUCACCGGCGGCUAUGUAGCCGACCACGUGCAAGGCUUUCAAUCCUUGAUUGCAACAGUUAUAGAACUUGACGAUCUGCCGUACUACGAAAUUACCUACUACGGGAGUGCUGGACAGGCUGCUUACGGAGCUCUGGUGAUCAUCCUGUUCAUUGCUCUUUUAGCGAUUGUCUUAUAUGGCAAAUCGCGCACGGCACCCAUCGGACCUGCAAGUUGA